AGAUCCCGUUCCGACAAAGUACACAGUCCUGCCGGACAUCAGAAAGAAUGUUCUGGAGUUGAGAAACCAGACAAACCAGGAGGAUGACACCCAGUCAGGAAGCCUGCUCCAAGAAGAAGUACUUGUCCCUCUCAAAUACAACAUCCUGCCCGUCAUCAGAAACAAUACAGAGGAGGCGCAUCAGCAGACGAACCAUGCCAAGACAAAGUGUAGCACUUCACUGGGCGCCUCACUGGAUCGCAGUUUGCCUUUUCAAGCCAGGGUCUUGCAACAGACUUCCACAGCUGUGAACAGUGUGCCCCAGGUGCAGGUGCCAGGCAGUCAGGUGACUGUGAAGUUGAGCAAUCCGAAGCUCCUCCCCAUGACAUACAGCAUCCUACCUGACAUUAGACAGAAAGCGGUUGAGAGAAACUGCCAGAUAGACCAGCAGGAGAGUUCAGAGGUCAACAUCCCUUUGAGGCCCACAGAGGAGGAGGAGGCAAAGAGUGUCUCUAUCAACCUAAAUCAGGAAACAGUUUGGACGGGGCUGGCACUGCCCAUGUCACCAGCAGUGGCUCUGAAGUACUUCCAGAAACACCUGACCAACUUGGAGCAGAAGGAGAUCCUGGACUUCCCAGAGAUUUGGUAUCUGGGCCUGGGGGCUGAGAAGAAGGACUCCCAGGACAUGCCUGAGCACUCUGAAGACUCCAAUUUCAACUCUGACCCUGAAGAUGAAUGUGGGGUCUACAUCCCGGUUCUGCAUGACCACAUUGCCUACCGCUAUGAAAUUCUGGAAAAUCUUGGACAAGGAUCGUUUGGCCUGGUUCUGAAGUGUAUGGAUCACAAGACUAAGGAGCAGGUGGCACUAAAGGUCAUUCAUGACACGGAGAGUGCAAAUUACAUGGCCCUCAAGGAACUGGAGAUCCUGGAUGUGGUGCGGAGGGAAGACAAGGAAAACCAAUACAACGUCAUCCACAUGAAGGAGCACAUGACCUUCCGGAAACAGCUCUGCAUCAGCUUUGAGCUCCAGGGAAUGGACUUGUAUGAGCUGAUGAAGGAGAAUAACUUCAAGGGUUUCACCUUGUCCCAGACACGUCACUAUGCCACCGCAUUGGUCACCAGCCUGCAGAUGCUGCACAGGAUGAAAAUAGUCCACUGUGACCUCAAACCGGAGAACAUCCUUCUGUCAGAGAAAAAACAUGGAAACAUCAAGGUGGCCGACUUUGGGUGCAGCUUCUAUGAGCACCAAGAAGGGUACACCUAUGUCCAGACACGAUACUACCGUGCCCCGGAAGUGAUCCUAGGCCUUCCCUUUGGCACGGCCAUUGAUAUGUGGAGUCUGGGCUGUAUCCUGGCUGAGCUCUACACUGGCAACCCACUGUUCUCUGGGACCAAUGAGGCAGAUCAGCUCUCCUGCAUCAUGGAGGUGCUGGGAAUGCCCCCAGAUAACAUUGUUCAGAUGUCACCAAGAAAGAGGGUAUUUUUUGAUCCCAAGGGCCAAACUACAUGUCUCAAAAAAAGGCCAAAUUCCAAGGACUUGGCCAGCGCAUUGAGGAGCCGAGACCUGCUGUUUGUGGACUUUCUUAGGCGAUGUCUCACGUGGGACUCUGCCAAGCGAAUGACCGCGGAGGAGGCAGCGCACCACCAGUGGCUUCAGAAGCCGACGGCAGCGUGCUGGUGGCCGGAGACACUGGCAUGGCUGGCACCCUCGCCCCCAUCGUCGCCAGGACCCAUCAGGGACCAGACGUGGACACUGAGCCCCAGGAGCAGCGUGAGCGCCAGGCCACUCCUCUCAGGGCCCCCCACGGAGGGGGAAGAGCCACAGAGGGAGGGGCUGCAGGACCACAGAGGUUCACUGCCCCAGGAUUCUCUACUCAAACUGUACACAAAGGGUUUUAGCCCGCUCCAGUGCUGUGAGGUCAUGUAGUCGCUGUUGCCAGGUAACAACUAAGGCAUCCUUGCAAAAGAACAAUUUGGUUUCUGUCCUCUCUACCCACUGGGCUCUCAACACGCUCCUAUUGGUGGGAUCUUCACAAGGACAGAACCAAUAAAAAUGAUUCAGCUUUUGUUGAAAGAUGCAUGAAUGAAUACUUGAACUUUGUUUGUGAAA